AUAGAAUAAACAAUUACACAACUAUUUUUAUUUAAAUAUUUAUUUAUUUUUAGUUUUAUUUUAAAAACUUACAACUUUUUAUAUUUUUGUAACGACACGCGACGACUCGUUUCGGAGCUGCUACUCCAUCUUCAGGUCGAAUGGAGAGAGAGCAAAAGCUGCUGGAGAAUGUCAUUGAAAUUGUUGGUGUACCUGAUCUCGAUUACUCCAAUGCUCAAGAGAGAGCACACACCAUAUUCGAUAAAGCACUGAACAUUUCAGUUUCUAACAAUGAUGUUGCUAAAUGCUAUGUGAAGCGCAUCAAGAAGCAAAAACAACAACAUCCCAGUUCCAACGCUUAUGAAAAUAUUCUGUGUUUACAUCUUUCUUCACGUGAAGCCAAGCUGAGAAUUAUGGAAGCCAAAAGGAAUGCAAGGAAAAAGCUUACUUCGAGUAUUUUUAAUGAAGCAAAAACAACAGUUGCUCUUAUAAAACAAUCUAGGCCUUCAAUUAAUGAUUUUGAACUUCUUAAAAUUAUUGGACGGGGAGCAUUUGGCGAAGUGUACUUAACACGAAAAGGCGAAGAAAUAUACGCAAUUAAAAUCCUUAAUAAAUGGGAAAUGCUUAAACGGGCGGAAACAGCAUGUUUUCGAGAGGAAAGAGAUGUUUUGGUUUAUGGGGACAAGGAAUGGAUAACAAAACUGCAUUUUUCUUUUCAAGACGAAAAAAAUUUGUACCUGGUGAUGGAUUUCUAUAGUGGAGGAGACCUCCUAACAUUGUUAAGCAAAUUUGAAGAUAGAUUACCGGAAGACAUGGCGAAAUUUUAUAUUGCUGAGAUGAUUUUGGCAAUUAGCAGCAUACAUGAACUGUCAUAUAUUCAUCGCGAUAUUAAACCGGAUAACUUUAUUCUAGAUUCUAGUGGACACAUUCGAUUGGCUGAUUUUGGGUCUUGUUUGAAGUUGGGCAGCGAUGGCAAGGUAAAAUCAAACGUUGCUGUCGGUACACCAGACUACAUAUCACCCGAAAUUUUAAGGGUAAUGGAAGAUGGUCAAGGAUGGUAUGGUCUAGAAUGUGAUUGGUGGUCCUUAGGAAUAUGUAUGUAUGAAAUGCUAUAUGGCAAAACUCCAUUCUAUGCAGAAAGUCUUGUGGAGACUUAUGGAAAAAUUAUGAAUCAUGAAAAAAGUUUUAAUUUUCCAACGGAAGAAUAUACGGACUUGAAAAUUUCCGAAAAUGCUAAAAACCUAAUGAACCGAUUGAUCUGUUCAGCUGACAUCCGUCUUGGUCAAAACGGAAUUGAUGAUUUCAAGUCCCACCCUUGGUUCAAGGAUAUUGAUUGGCAGAACAUAAGAAGCCAGAGUGCACGCUAUAUUCCUGAGGUCUCAAGUAUGACCGAUACAUCAAAUUUUGACGUGGACGAACAUGAUUUCAGAACACCCGAUGCAGUUCCUCCAUUAGUCAACAAAAUAUUUUCAGGAUUACAUUUUCCGUUUAUUGGAUUUUCUUAUUAUCUAAGCAACCCAAGUUUAAACAACGCUGAAAACCCUAUAACCGACAAUUUACAAUCAAUUUCUAGCAACUCUGCAAAUACCAAUGAUAAUAUAGGUCAUAAUGAAAAAUCGAGCACAAAAAACCAAAUUUCACAAUCUUCUCAUGAUCAUUUUAAGAGCAGCGAAUCGCUAAAAGAAUUUGAGGCCUUAAAACAACAAGUUGCAAAUUUGCAUAUAGAAAAUAGUGCCAUUUUGGAAAAGCUAGAAUCACAAAACAUGGACUUAAAAGAUGCAAUUUCACAGAGAACAUUAGCUAUGAAAGAGUACUCUGAAGUGACAGACAAAUUGUUUGAGUUACGAAAUCAAAAACUAAAACUUUCCCGGCAGGUCAGAGAGAAAGAAGAGGAACUAGACACAGCUAUGCAGAAAAUCGAUUGCCUUCGGAGUGAAUUAAGAAAGUCCGAAAAAAGUAAAAGGGAACUGGAAUUACGGAUGGAAGAUGCACUUGCAGGAGCAUCGAAACAACGAAAACUACGUGAAAGAUCAGAUGAGUGCUAUCGAAAGCUUCAGUCUGACGUGUGGACUGCGAACUCUAUUGAAAGUCCAUCAUCCUUAGGAUACUCGUCAGAUGUGUUUCAUUUAGAAAAAGGAAAUAAUGAUGAUAAUUCUUCUGAAUCGUUUAGUAAUCCCCUAUCUCACUUAACGCCGACUGUUUCAACAUUAAGUGGAAAAUUUAAAGAACCUAAUACUUUCCCCGAAAUGUUUAGAUUGGAAUCACAAAAAACAAAUGACGAUGCAGAAGCCAAUUAUGUAGAAACUAUACUUGAGUUGAAAAAAAAAUAUGGGAGAGAUAAAAGCGCAUGGAUUGAAGAGAAACAAGCACUAUAUUCCGAAAUUGAUAAGGUCAAGGAAAGUCGUAGUAUACUACAAAAUAAAAAUAAGGAGGUCGAAAAGAAAUGCCGUGAGCUUAUGUUAAAACAGAAAACAAUUUUUCAAUGGGAAAAACAAAUAACUGAAAUAAUUCAAUGGGUCCUUGAUGAAAGAGAUGCUCGUUCUUAUUUGCAGGUUCUUGUUAAUAAAAUGACAGAAGAGCUUGAGUAUCUUAAUCAUUCUGGAAAAUUGUCAUCGAUUAAAUACAUUCAUAUCAUGGACAAAGAUAAUCGACAUACAUCACAACAACUUAUCUAAUUAAUUUUGCAGUCCAAACGAAAAUAGUUUCUGGUAUUAGCUGUAAAAAUUAAUUAUUUUUAAAGUUCAAUUCAAAUCGAUCAAAAAGUGAUUGUUUUAAAGUCUUCAAGACCUUUCUGCCAACUUCUUUUUUGUUGUUCAACUCAUCGUUUAAAACCAACGGAACCCAUCUCUAAUUUUUAGAAGACCUUCAAUUUGUUUAACACUUAAGCCAGAACUAUAAUUGUCGGAUGCGUCGGAUGAAACGGAGGGGAACAGCGCUCGCAACGUCACUCGACGGUUGAAAACUUAUCGAAAAAUCAAAGAAAACAACAACAAUUGACAUUAGCUUCCGACUUCAUCCUCCAAUUAUAGUUCUGACUUUAGGCCAGUACACUUCAUUUGGGCACCCAUCGCUUAGCCCAUUCUUAUUUCUCCAACCCCAAUAAAUUUUUUGACUGAUAGUGCAAUUAGUUCUAACCAACGCUAUAAUUCAAAACCUACAAGAAUGCGAUUUAUAAUGACCUCAUUAGGUAUGCAAUGUUAAUUUUGUAUGUAAUGCUUGAAAGUUUUGAAUAAAACUUAGGUAUAACAGAAUAAAGAACUAUUUCAAGGUAAUAAAUUUAAAAACAGAAAUUAAAAUACUCGAAGAUUAUUUAAAUAAAAUAAUACGAUUCAUAUUCAGGACACAAAAUGUAAAAGUCACAUAUUAACAUAAAACAAUUGAGAAGAAAUUGUUUUUUUUUUAUGUUGUUUUAUUUUAAUUUUGUAUGUUAACUUAUAAAACCAGGAAAAAUAUAUGGAAAUACUAUAACGAACACUAACACAGCUUUGUGAUUUUGAUUCUCACAAGUUGUAACUGUGGGGGAAAAUCGGGGUAGGUACCUAUAUGUAAUAAUAUAGUGUUGUUAUGUUAGCAAUUUUAUGUAGUAUGGUAUUAGGUAUAAAAGAGACAUUCUGUCCAACAAUAAAUAAAAUUCUAAUAACUA